AUGCGUCUUCUCUCUUUUCUUGCGCUCAGCCCGGCAGCCGUCUAUGCGACUGUCCAUAACUUCUCCAUCAACAAUUGGCAGGGUUACUUCAACGGGGCUUCGGGAGUCCUUCAGUCCUUGUCGCCCGUUGCCGACCUUUCCUACGACUUCUCUCCCUCCGAUUAUUUCCACCUCCGAAAUGGCCCGGGCAACUACCAUACCGGCGACAUCACAAUGUCGUGGCGUCUGGCCAACUCGAGCGAGUGGCAAGAAAUCGAUAGCGCUGCUUCUCGCCAGACUUCACCCAAUACCUCCACGCUAAAUGGAUCUCUUCUUCGUUCCAACUUCGACAAUGUCUUUCCCGCCGCUGCAAAAUACAUGACCAUUACUCGAGACUGGCAAGAACUUGACGGCGAUCUGAUCCUCUCCUACAACAUCGCCAACCACCCAUCUUCCCCAUCCAUCGAGAUUGGUGCAUUUGGCCUUCCGCUCGAGUUCAACAACAUUUUUACCAACCGCACUCCGGAGGCCACGCACAUCAAAUGCAACCUUAUCGACCCAUACAUCGGCCUCGAUGCCGGGUAUGCGCAGGUCACUCGUCUGACCGGCACUGGUCCGAAUAUAGUCAUCACUCCCGCGACCAACGUCACCAAAUUCGAGGCGUGGAACUUUCUAUACGAGAACCCUGACCAGCCCUGCGAGUAUCAAUCCAACGUCUUCGAAGGCUUGUAUGCAUGGCAAACCCUGUCCUUGGCGUACGCUGAGAAUCAAUGGAACGCCACCGACCCAUGGAUGCCGCCCACAUCGCAGAUCCUCAAUGCGGGUGAAUCGGUGACUUAUGCCCUCCGAUUCACUGUGGCUUCUCAGGUUGCAGACAUCGAAUCUGUAGCUGCGUCAAAUGGCCUCCCCGUGGCUGUGGGUAUCCCGGGUUUCAUCGUUCCAGAAGACGUGGACACUUUUCUCUACCUCAACUACCAGCACCCAGUGAAAUCGAUGUCUGUCGUCCCAGCUGGCGCCUUGUCUCUGUCUCCUGCCACCAUCCCAAGUUCGGAGUGGAAGGCAUACUCCGUCAAACCUGGCGACGGCACAUUCGGACGUGCUCGCCUCAUCAUUCAAUAUGCCGAUGGCAAGCAGCAGGCCGUCAGCUAUUACCUCAUCAACGGCGGCCCUCAGACGGUCGAGAAGUAUGCCGAGUUCCUGUUUGACGAGCAAUGGUUCACCGACGACGAUCCAUACUUUCAUCGCAGCCCUUCGGUCAUCAGCUACGACUAUGGCACGAAAUCUCAGAUUUUGCAGGAAUAUCGUACCUGGAUUGCCGGCAUCUCCGAUGAAGCCGGCGCGGGAUCUUUCGAGGCUGCCGCGAUGAAGACUUCCGUGUACCCCGUUGCCUCUCAGGUGCACCAACUCGAAGAAAUGGUCGCCAGAACGGUCUACAACUGGCUGCAAAACAAACACGCGAACGGUACGGAGAAUCCUGCCAACAGCGUCAAGCGAAGUCUGUUCUACUGGCAACCUGACCUCCUGCCGCCCGACUAUUACAACAAAUCAAUUCCCUUCGCCGACAAUUAUGCUUGGAACCAAUCCAAUGCCUGGGACACCUGGAGAGCAUAUGACUACGUUCAUGUCAGCGCCCUAUAUUGGGGUCUCUACGCUGCCGAAUCGCAAUCACCCGGCGUGCUCCAGCUUCAGAAUCAGACAUGGUACCUUCUCCGAGCUUACGAGACCGUCAUGGAGAUCUGGGCCGACUACGACGGCAAAACGCCAGUGACCUUCUACGGCAGCGACGGCCUCAUGUGCGAAACGGUGUGGCUUUAUAUCCUUCGAGCGCUGAAAGCCGAGGGCUACACGACUCAGUUCAAUCAAAUGCAAGCGAGAAUGCAGUCGCGAGAAAAGUACUGGUCGACGCAGAAGAUACCGUACGGAAGUGAAAUGCCGUGGGAUUCCACCGGAGAGGAAGGCGUUUACCUGUGGGCCAAAUAUUUCAAUAACACCGCCUUGGUCACGCAAACUCUCGACGCCAUCCGCGGCUACAUGCCCACUGUCGCGCAUUGGGGCUGGAAUGGCUGCGCUCGCCGCUACUGGGACUUCCUCUAUGGCGGGAGCAUCGCGCGUGUCGAACGCAUGAUCCAUCACUACGGCUCUGGCCUCAACGCCCUUCCGCUCCUCGACGCGUACAAGUACAACCCAACCCCAUCCAACCUUUCAGCCAUCUACGACCUUCGCGUCGCCUAUGGCGGUAAUAUGGGACCCAUGUCGAACAUCAACGACGAAGGCUUCGGCUCAGAGGCAUUCCACUCGUUCCCCGACACCAUGAUCUGGGAGGCAUACUCGAGCGACUACGGCCAGAACUUCCUCGGCCAUAUCCUCGGCGCUUGCACGUACUUGGUCGACCACCCUGACUUCGGCAUGGUGAGCUUCGGCGGCAAUAUUUUGACGCCUUCAUACGGCGGGGUCGCCUCAGUUUCCGUGCAACCUAUGGAUACCGUGCGACAACGCAUCUAUGUUGCGCCGGCGGGACUUGCCAUGCAGAUCAAUGCAGGUGCCAUUGAUAGCUUUACUUAUGAUUCUACGGCCAAGGCGGUGACCGUGCAGCUGGGCAUGGGCAGCGGGCAGAGUGCCAAAUCUGCAAUCAUGACCUACGAAGAUACGAUUGGGACAGGAGUGGAGUAUGCUUCGUCGGCUCAAGCUGGGAAGUCGGGCGGGUACAGUGUGACGUUGCCGUCUACGCUGACUUUCAACAUGUAG